CCAAUCUAUAACGGUUCAGUGUACUCUGGUGCGAUCUGGUGCACUCUUGUUCGCAGCCUUUUAUCCGCUUAUCUAUUCUUUCGUCUUCCAAAUUUUUUAAUUUAUUUCUACUAAUUUUAAGGUUUGUUAUUUAAUUUAUCAUUCUAAGAAUGUCGACUCCGUGGGCAAAAAUCCAGCCUGUAGAAGGAUCCGUUAGUUUAUUGGAGAUCACUUCGGAACAGCUUGCCAACAGUUUGCAAGAAAAAGAAUUAAGGAAGUGUCAAACAGAAGUGGUGCAAGAUGUAAAUAUUGAUGAUUGCACAAUAUUUGAAACCAAUGACACUGACAGCGACGAAGUGAUUGCACAUAUGUUGCAAGACCAAUAUAACAAGCAGCAUGAUUUGAUGUUAACACGCACAGAACGAAAAUUCAAUCGUGACUCCAAAGUUAAUGUUACUUAUACAAACUAUCGAACAUCUUUGUCAAAUGAUCAUGACGAUAAAGAUAAUACAGAUGUCGAAGACACAACAAAGGAUUUUGAUCGAUUUGUAAGUAUAGAAAAGGAGUAUGCUUCUAUUCCUCGUUGCGGAUACAAGAGGCAGGGUGAAGGAUCGCAGAUCGUCACAAAACACGAUAUGCAGAUGUGUUCGAGAAUAAACGCGUGUAGAGUCUUACAGUUCCCUCCUGGUAUCGAUACAGGAGAUACCGAAGGAUUCGAUGUCAAAUUGAACAACAAAGUGUUCAACGGCUUACGGGCACACAGCCACGCUCAAUGUUCCAAGCAAAAAGCCAAAGCACGGCUGCAUACAAAAUAAAAUAUCUUGUAUGUGUAAAUACAUCCAUGUAAUGUUCAUAAAUUUGUUCAAUACAUCGUACUAUGUUCAAGGUUUUUAUAACUGUUAUCUUCGAUGCAAGUUAAAUUAGGAAGAAGUAUACAGGGUUCUUUUUGCCAUACGCUAAGUACUUAAUCUCAAAGAGAUAAUUAGUAUUAGACGUUUUGAGAUACAAUAAUUUUUGACAUUGAAAAGUUAAUCGAGGCCGAUGGCACACGAGCGUUUCUAUGUUCUUCGUUUUUUCAAUUGUAAAAGAAGGAAAAACAUAGAAACGCACGUAGCUUCGAUGCUCGUGUGCGUCUGAAUGCUGCAAAAAUGUGAGCAUUAUUAUGGUGUAAUAUGGAACUUAAAAA